AUGUUAUUUUUUCAAAUCAAACCGUCGUGUUCAUUAUCUUCGAAAUACGAUGAUCGCGCCGUAACCAUUGUACGAUCGAUCGAUGAUUAUCUCUGUCAAAACUAUGUAUUCACAUGUUUCUAUCGUCAUCGUUAUCAUCAAUCAUUCGAUAAUCAACACGAUUCAGACAACUGUAAAUCGCUUUUAAUUCUACAUUCAUGUUUAAACUAUGAUUCCGAUGUUCUUCGAAUAUGUUAUCAAUCUAUUCUCCAUCGAACGAAAGUCUAUCUGGAAAACGAUACACCCAAACAUUGUUUCACAUCAUCUGUGUAUAAGAAUUUCCAUGCUCAACAUUUACGCUCAACAGCGUCGUCGAGAACUUUUCCAAAAUGUCCACUAGUCAUGCUUGUUCUCCUAGUUAUCUCAUUUGUCAUUAAGAUAAGAGCGUGUUGUUGA